AUGCUUCCUGGGCGACAGGGCGGUGGAAGCUCCAACUUUUUGGUUGCCGUCCGCUGUCGACAUCUCGAUGCCCGAGAGGAGGCCGCUGCGUCGCUGCGAUUUGCCCGACGAGGGGGCACACGUCUUCAUUGCGUCUUUUUGAACCGCCCCGCUCCGUCGUCACUGACCCCUGAGGCAACAGCAGCAGCUUAUUUCCCAAGAGGAGGGGGGUCGCGGGCGAGCGUUGUGCUUGUUGACCCGGAUGCCUGCACCGACUUUACCGCGAAGGGGAGGAGCUCUGUUGUCUUGGCGGAGGGACCAUCGCUGCUGAUGCAGUUGGGCGCAGAAGAACUGCAGCGGGUGCUGACCGGACACGAUGGAGUUCGUUGCUUUAACUUUGACGAGGUGUUUCCACCUGCAGUGACUAAUGAGGAGAUUUACACUGCACUUGUGCAGGGAUUAGUGAUUGCUGCAGAGAAUGGCUACAACGGGACAGUCUUUGCGUACGGUCAGACAGGGACGGGGAAGAGCUACACUGUAUUUGGUGAAAGGGACAAUGGGGUGCCUGGGUUAUGCACCCUCGUAGCGGCCGAUCUGUUUGGCCAGCGUAGCCGGCCCGCGUGGCUUCACGACACAUGUGUCCCUGUAAGUGGUGUGGGUGGCCCCUCACAGCAAGGGAGGGAAUCAAAAAGGAUGGUAUUUGUGUCGUUUAUUGAAUUGUACAAUGAGCGAUUGCGUGACCUACUCGUUGAUCCGGCUACGGCCACACAGGCAGCGAGUGCGCCGAGCCAGAAGGAGGGAAGUCGGGGCAGACGUCUUCUUUUUUCUCGGUAUGAUGACUUAGACAUUGUGGAGCAUCCCGUGCAUGGCGUACAGGUGCCGCAUGCGAAAAGUAUCCGUGUACGUUGUGUGGAGGAGCUGGAACGGCUUUUAGAAGAGGGCGACCGCCGCCGCACUAAGGCCUCCACGGCUAGUAACAAAUUGAGCUCACGAAGCCACGCCAUUCUGCAGUUUACUGUGAGACUUUGCAUGGGUGCGGCUGGGGAUCAGGGGGAUGCGUGUUGUACCCGACACAUUGUGGCGGACCGAAGCGAGACGCAGGCGUUGUGUUCAUUUCUUACGGCUAAGCUGUGGAUGGUGGACUUGGCCGGUAGCGAGCGGGUAUCGGGAUUUGAGAGCCUUACAACUGCUGUCGCUACGGCUGGAAGUGUCGCUCACGGCACCUGCGGCGUGCCCCACCAGCGGGACAGUCGUCGUAGGGAGGGGUCAAACAUUAACCGAAGUCUUCUCGCGCUGGGCAACUGCAUCAAAGCAUUGGGAAGGGCCUGCCGCCAGCAGCAGCAGCAGCAGCACAUGUACACAGCGUCUGGUGACUCUUCGUCGUGCACUUUCCAUUCGUUGAGGCAUCAGAAGCAGCACGCCAUUCACACCGGAUACAAAACGGCCGCAUUUGAGGUUCAUGUUCCGUACCGUGACAGCAAGCUGACGCGUUUGCUUAAGGACUCUCUUGGCGGCAACACACGGACUGUCAUGCUAGCCACCAUCUCCCCGAGCUGCACCUCCUUUGAGGAGACGCUCUCAACGCUGAAGUAUGCCUCUCGGGCGCGAAGAAUUACGCGUCAGGUGCGCCAAAACAUUCUUGUGGAGGCAGCGGACGGAGAGGAAGGGGAGGAUCGAAAUGAUGAGGGGGAAAAAGAAGAGGAACUGCCAGAGACGGUACAUGGCGGUAGUCGUGGUGCAUCGUCGGACGGGAACGGAAAAUGGGCGUCAGAGCGCGAGUCAAAUCAUCGGCUGCGGCUGCUGGAGCUUGAGGCAGAGGUGCGCUGUUUGCAGACGCAGUUGCAUGUAGCGCGGGCUGCGGCAAGGAAGAUGGGACUGCCGCGAUCCAUUGAGGACGACGUGAAGGAAGUCGCGCCUGUUGUUUCCACAACAACCGCAUCGUCGGUCGUAUCUGACGGUGAAAGCGGCAAACUUAUGGAAUUGGAUCGCUGUUGGGAAAUUUACGAACAGACACGAUGUGAACUGCAGGCUCUUGUUCGUGAGAGGGCGACGGCCUCUGCAAGGCGGGAAAAUGGCUUAGGAAUACCCCGAGACCUGGGAAACAAAGGACCCAUCCGAGAGCUGCUGCGGCAGGAACGGAAGAAUGCUCUGCUGUGGGAGCGGCAACGACGCAUAGAUGCAUUUUUGUUGUAG